GUACGUCCAGAGCCUGCUGGACAUCAUGGAGUUCCUCGACAGGGACCCCGAGGACCAGGCCACCCUGGGACAGUUCACGGACGCCCUGGUCACCAUCCGCAACCGGCACAACGACGUGGUGCCCACCAUGGCGCAGGGGGUCAUCGAGUACAAGGAGGCGUACGGGGACGACCCCGUCUCCAACCAGAACAUCCAGUACUUCCUCGACCGCUUCUACCUGAGCCGCAUCUCCAUCCGCAUGCUCAUCAACCAGCACA